ACAAAGCGGAGCAGGCAUGUCCACGAGUCAGGAGCACAUGAGCACAGGAGCACAUGCUUAACAAACAGGCUACUGGAUGUUUUUUAUUUUUUGAGGAAACUACGAGUGUGUGGCUUUAUCUGUACUGUGUGUAAAUGUAACUUUAAACAACACAAUAUAGUUUGAAAUGUUUUGUUUUGUGGGCCUUAGAUGAGUUGUUCUCAAGCUGUUUUUUUUUUUUUUUUUUGUCAACGAUCUGUUCCUUUUUCUUGAAGGCUGUGUGUUACACUGUGUGUUACAGUGUGUAUGUAUUACAGUGUGUGUAUGUGUGUAUAUGUGUGUAUGAAAGAGAGAGAGUUGAAGGAAUGUUGUGAUGUCAUCAGCCCAGUCAAACACAAAGACACAGAGCACCCACAGGCGCUUGAUCCACUGCUUAGUGCUUAGUUAGCAUACUCUGGAGCGACUGUCCACGUCCUACUGUGAGUACUCUUAUUCUCCCCCUAUGUGACGCCUGCCGUGUGUUUUGUGGUGUAUAGUUGAGGUGAUGGCUUGUACUUGUGCUCAGGUCAGCCUCCAGCGCAGUACAAAGUGUUAAGUCGACACAUAUGUGUAUUCUUCUAGUGAGACUCUCUCAGCUUUCUUCCCUCCAAGUAGCAGCCAUUGUUUAACUCCCUGCUGUGGUUGGAGGAGUCCAUUUCAUUUCUAGUGGCAUGAAUUUGGCUUCCACUGAUCCAGCUUUAAACUGUUUUUUGUUUCAGUUGCACAUAAGUGAAAAUACUAAAGCUGAGUGGAUUUGUGUAGGGAGAAAGGAGCAGGGUUUGGGGUAGGAUGUCUGUUAGGGAGGGACAGGAGGAGGGGAGCUGCUGAUGACAGAAACAGCCCCAUUCCUUUAGAAUCUCCUCCCAUUCAAGGCUCUGACACCACAGGCUUUGGGUUUUUGUUCUUCCGUAUUCAUGAAGGAACGGACAGCGGGGAAACACCAUGAACAAUCUCUCCUUGUAGUAAAGUUAAUGGAUGUUGUACCAGUGAUGGCAACUUCAGUCUAGUUUUUUAUAUAAAAGGAAGAAGUGUGAGCGCAGAGGAAGACUCUGCAAUUGCCUGAUGAUGUGAUUGUACAGUAUGUCUCAGAUUAUUACAUGCUGGAGAAUAACCAUACACUUUGAUUACUGAAUGUGGGUUGAAGAAAGUCCUAUCAGAAUAGAGAAGCUUUGGAGACGUGUUGAAGACAUGAGGCUGUAAUACAACAUUGUCAACUUUAUUAAGCUGCUAGCCUGGGGCUAGCACCUCCUGCAACUGUCCAGUGUGAGCCCCAUUCAGCUGCCAUCAUGCUGCAGCAGAUCCUAAAGGACAUGUACAUUGAUCCUGAUGUACUCGAGGCACUCAAUGAAGAUCAGAAGAAAACUUUGUUCCUUAAAAUGCGGCAGGAGCAGGUGCGACGAUGGCAAGAGCGAGAGGACAAACUGGAGAGAGACGGAGGAGAUGCCAAACAAACCAAGCCAAAAAAAGCGAACAGUAAGAGUGUGAGCUGGCUGCUGGGACGCGACGGGGAUGUGGCCGUGAUCGUGAUCGGAGAAGUGGACGAGCUCAGCGCCCGGUUUAUCUGCUCAGGACUAGAGAAGAGGUCACCCCCCAGCCUUCAGAACAACACGCACAACCAAAGCAUUUUGGCAAACACAAGAAUGGUUGAACCCAACAGGACAGAGAAAGAGAGCACUCCUUCAGUAACACCAAGCCUUCUUUUAAGCAAGGACAUAAGCACUUUACCCCCUCUGUCGGUGUCAGUGAGGGAGCACUCCUCGCCUCCUGCUGCAGAAAAGUCUGAGGUGAAGCCAGUCGACGUUAAACCAGAGGAAAAGUCCAUUCCCCACACCUCCAUCUGCCCCAGGCCUCUUGUGAGAACCAAUGCUGUCAUUGUGAGACCGGCCUCCGCCGCUGUUACACCAGGCUCCCUCCUGAGUCGAUACGGAGCACUAGGAUCCAAGCCCCUCUCUCCCACCAGCACUACCGCCCCCGAACCAGCAAAAACAUCCAAAGCACAAGAAAACCACAAAUCUCAGGAGAUCUGCAAAGAUGUGGCUCCCUCCCGAGUGACUGUACGGGCUGCGUCAGAGGACCCACUCUCCUCAGGGAAUGGGGCGCCGCCAUGUGCUGGGCGGGGCAGGGUGGCACAGCUCAUGAAAGCCUUCAGCACAGAGGGCUCAGCGGGACCCCCACAGACCCCGGGACAGACGUCCACCAGGGGCACCAAGCCUCCUCUACCCACCAAGCCCAGCCACCUACGUACCACAGCCACACCCUCUGUGAGGUAAUCUCAUGGAGUGACCUGCUGCUGUUACAGCCUCAGAGGACACGUUGCAAUUGCUCUUAAAGAAAAGACAAACGAUCAAAUGAUGCUUGAAUGUAGUUUUUUAUCUGUGGUCUGCAGUACUGCAAAUGUGGAAGAAAAAGUCCAAAGUAACUCAUGUUAUUUUUUUGUAUAACUUUGAAGUAUUUUAAGGGGGAAAUUAUGUCUUUGUUUACUUGUUGACAUUUCCGAGUGUGGAAAACAAUAUUUAAGUCCGUUAAGUCUGACUUGUGGCUGUGAGCAGAUGAAUGCUGGUGGACAGUUGGGCGAGGUGAAAUGAGGUACAGGGGACUUCUCGUGCUGCUGUCUCCUCCCUGGAAUAGUGUGGGGUUGUUUAUUUGUCACAAUGCGAUGCGUUCCCGUGCCACCUGGCAGCAGCCUCACUGCGACCUGUUGUGGACCAAUGACAGUGCCAAACGUCUCGUCUUUCACUCCCAGUGGAUCAAAUCCUGGCGAGGUAGACAGUCUCUGCCAAAACCUGGGGAUAAGAUCCCCUACACUCUUAACCUGUUACAAUUUUACUGAUGCUGUUGUUGUCUUUUAUAUGUUUUAUAGGGAUACACUUGUUUUGUAAUGGGAUAUUUAACACUACUGCAAUGCCUCAUCAGUGAUGCCUGCCUUGGUUAUGACAAGCUUGUAUGGUGCAAUUAAACAACAAUAAAGUUAUGUAAUAUGAGCACCGCA